AUGUUCUGGAACAAGACUUGUGUCCAGCACAACGGCUUCUUCGGAACGAAAGUAUCAGAAACUCCUUCCAACACCACUUUCAAGCCUGUUCUUUCCGGAGUGGAGACGUGGUUUCGUAUGAUUGUCAAAACCAUCCAAGCAACGCCGAAGAAUGUCGAUUUUACGCAAUACCAGUGGUACGAAAUGUCUUUCAUCUCUAUGUUCAGCAAAGAGCGAGACAUGCUGCUGUGCUUCGACACGCCUAGAUCCCUGGCCUGGGAUAUGCUCAACGUGCUGUCGGACGAGGACGACAAGGACAUCGUUACUGGACCCUAUGGUUUACACCAACUGCUGCUCGAACAGCUGAUGGUAACGUACGACGAGAGUGUCUGGGACAUUGCAAGGAUCAUGAGAAACAACGAGAAGAGCAAAGGACCCAUGGGAAACACAGAUUUACACUACUUUCUCAAGCUGUAUGAAGAUUCCAGACAUACCGUUCACUCGAUCGAAGCAACCCAGGAAGCAACCAAAGUCGUCGAGUGCAUCGCUCAGCAGUGUCAAAUUCUAGCUUCACGAUCAUCUCCACACCGAGAGAUUCUCUCAUCACGAGCCGACAUGUUGAAGUUCCAUCACACAAUGAUGCAAGGCUUUCUAGCCAGAGCAGUGUCAAACGACAGACGCAUGGGCAACGAGCAAAACCUGACAUCGAACCUCAUGACCCAACUCGACGCAAAAACAAACGUCGACAUUGCAAUGGCCACAAAAGACGACGGUGCCGCUAUGAAGACAAUCGCCAUCGUCACAAUGUUAUUCCUACCCGCGACUUUCGUUUCUGCUCUGCUAGGGAUGAAUUUCUUCAAUUUCGACCCAGACGAGCAUGGAGGACACAUGACGUAUUCCCACGAUUUGUGGAUCUAUUUCGUUGUCUCUGUCGUGUUGACAUUGGGGUUGUUUGCGCUGUGGUGGGUUUGGCAGAGGUUGAGGCAGAAAAAAUUGGCGAGUUCGAGAUUGGAGCAGAGUAAUGCUAUGGAGAAUGCUUAUGCGGUGUUACAAAAGACUUGA